AUGCAGUACGUCCGCAGCCUUGGAGGUUCGGUCUCCAAGACAUGGAAUUCAAUCAACCCGGCCACCCUCAGCGGGGCCAUUGAUGUCAUUGUCAUUGAGCAAGAAGAUGGUACACUCGCAUGCUCGCCCUUCCACGUUCGAUUUGGCAAGUUCUCGCUCUUGCGUCCCUUCGAAAAGAAGGUCGAGUUCAAAGUGAACGGAGUACAGCAGCAAUAUGCCAUGAAACUGGGAGAAGGAGGCGAGGCAUUCUUUGUGUUUGAGACCACCGACGAAAUCCCCGCAUCGUUACAAACGUCUCCGUUGGUGUCUCCCGCAGCAAGCCCAAGGCCCCAGAGCGAGCCGGAUCUUCCGCCUUCACUGCAAGAACCCGAUUUCUUCGAUCUGGAUAAAGGGAACGAUGCCUUGUCAGAAGGCGCAAAGACACCCCCGGCUAUGGCCAUCAAGCAAACCAAGAUGCGAGCGAACACCGAUCUAGGGACGAUAACUCCACUGUCGCAAUCUCCAGACGAAUCCAAUCUCUCUCAUUCUCGAAACACCUCGCUCGGUUCUAAGCCGCCACUUGAUCAUUCGCUGUCGGACAACGUGAUCCCACUCACUUCACCCCGGCAUUCCUUGCCAGGCCAGCCAGGAAAGAAAGAUGAUGAAACUUCCGGGGCCGAGGCUAGAGCAGACCGCCCCCGUAGCCCUCCUCCGAUGUCUCCAGAGGAGGCAGUAUCGCGUGCCCAGGCGUUGUCAAAAAAGCUGUCGGGCUCCAACAUCCCAUCCCACGUCACUGAGACGGGUGAUCUGAUGCUGGAUAUGACUGGCUAUAAGAGCAACGACGAGGAUGCGCUACGCGCGGAGGUCGUUGCGCGCAAGAUUCUUGCAGAGGAGCUUGAGGGAAGCUAUGAUAUUGGCGCAUUGAUUGGAGCUGACGAGCACGGUAACCUGUGGAUCUACAGCAGCGAGGAAUCCAAGGAGUUGGCUGAUCGAAGAGCCACCCUCAAUUCUAUGCGCCCAAACACUGUGCUGAGCGAUGACGCUAUCUCUGACCCGGGAUAUCACAGUGAUGGCGACCAUCCCGUAUCCGAGCCUUCCCUGGCUUCACGCCAUCAUCGCACCAAGUCUGAUGUUCAACCUGGAUUCCCCACACCGCCGCAUUCGCCUUUGCAUGAUUCUUUUGAGGUUGAAACCCGCAAUUAUGCCAAGACUCUGCGUUUGACUAGCGAUCAGCUGAAGGCUUUGCAGCUGAAGCCCGGGGCGAACACCAUGUCCUUCAGUGUCAACCGUGCAAUCUGUACCGCAAACAUGUAUUUGUGGAACGGAAACACGCCCAUUGUUAUUUCCGAUAUUGACGGAACUAUCACCAAGUCCGAUGCGCUAGGACAUGUUCUCAACAUGAUCGGGCGGGACUGGACGCAUGCUGGUGUUGCCAAGCUCUAUACUGAUAUUGUCAACAAUGGCUACAAUAUCAUGUAUCUCACUAGUCGCUCGGUUGGCCAAACAGACACCACACGUGCAUAUUUGAAUGGUAUCUGUCAGGAUGGAUACCGGCUCCCACGAGGUCCAGUCAUCUGCAGCCCGGACCGCACAAUGGCGGCUCUCAGGCGAGAAAUCUACUUAAGAAAACCUGAGGUUUUCAAGAUGGCAUGUCUUCGAGAUAUUCUGAAUCUCUUCUGUGGCAAGGAGAAUCCAUUCUAUGCGGGCUUCGGAAACCGAUUGACCGACGCGUUGAGCUAUCGCUCCGUGAACAUUCCCUCUACUCGAAUUUUCACGAUCAAUUCAAAUGCUGAAGUCUCGUUGGACUUGCUCAGUCUGAAUAAAUACAAGAGCAGCUACGUGACUAUGCAAGAGCUCCUUGAUCAUUUCUUCCCUCCCACCAGUCUGUUGGUGCAGUCUGGAGGCGAAGAAUACACUGAUUUCACAUACUGGAGAGAUGCCCCACAGGAGCUUGACGACUUCUCUACGACUGACAGUGAGGAUGAGGGUGAAGACGAAGAUGACGACGGCGAUGAGGAUGAAGGUGACGAUGAGUAUGACGACGAACUGAGUGACGGUGAGGGUAGUGACUAUCCUGAUGAGGCCGAGGGUGACGACGAAGACCUCGGCGCAAGCUAUAUGUCCCAAGACUCGGUGGCCGUGUCCAACCCAGCAGGCUCGAUCAUUGAGUCUGUCGAGGGCGAUGUCAUUGCGGAAGAGGCCAUCGGCGAAGAAGAGCUCUCUCCCAUUACCGAGCAACCCCUCGAAGCAACUGAGCUUUCAACAACUUCUCUCCCCAUCCGGUCGAAAUCGCCUCAGAGCCCCUGA